CCCUAUUUAAGUUGCUACUCGGUAAUUAUAUUUGCUACCUUGAAAAUGUAUCCAGACUCCUUUGAAGGAUUUGCCGUCACCGACACCAACAACUGGUCCACCGUGUCCAAGAUCGAGUUCAAGCCAAAACCGUUUGGCGAGUACGACGUAGACAUCUGCAUCCACGCAUGUGGAAUCUGCGGUUCAGACGUUCAUACAGUUUCCGGAGGAUGGGGGCAGCCUGACCUGCCCGUCAUUGCUGGCCACGAAAUUAUUGGAGAGGCCGUCAGAGUCGGUAAUAAGGUCACCACCGUAAAAAAGGGCCAACGAGUGGGAGUCGGAGCCCAAAUUUGGUCCUGUUUGAAGUGUGAGGUCUGCAAAGCCAACCUGGAGAAUUAUUGCCCCCACAUGGUCGAUACGUACAAUUCAAACUAUCCUGACGGGUCCAAGGCGUGGGGAGGCUACUCGUCGCACAUUCGUGCCCACGAGUACUUCGUGUUCCCAAUUCCUGACGCUUUGAAGACAGAAGAUGUUGUGCCAAUGCUUUGCGCGGGCACCACCACAUACUCGCCACUUGUCGACAACGGCUGCGGCCCGGGCAAGAAGGUGGCAGUCAUUGGGAUUGGUGGCUUGGGCCACUUUGCUAUCAUGUUUGCAAAUGCGCUUGGUGCAGAGGUUUGUGCGUUUUCCCGGAGUAGCAAGAAAGCAGAGGACGCCAGGAAACUUGGUGCGUCCGAGUUUGUUGCUACAGGCGAGGAUUCCGACUGGCCUUCCAAACACCAGCGGGAAUUCGACUUGAUUAUUUCGUCGUCGAGCUCGGUCGAGAACUUUGAUCUCGACGGCUACCUGGGCUGUCUCAAAGUCAAGGGUAAGUUUAUGUUUGUUGGUAUUCCCGAGGACCCGCUGGAGGUGAAAUUACCUACUCUCAACCAGUCUGCCAUCUCUCUGAGUGCCACACAUCUGGGAAAUAGACAGCAAAUCCUGAGCAUGCUAAAGCUGGCUGCCGACAAGGGUCUCAAGGCCUGGACGGAGUGUUUGCCUAUUUCCGAGGAAAAUAUCAAGCACGCUCUGGAGAGAACGCACUCCCACGAUGUCAGGUUCCGGUUUGUUCUGACAGAUUACGACAAAAAGUUUGGACGGCAAGACUAGUGCUUAACUUAAUUAACUUAUAAGGCCCUUGGCCCUGUACUCCUGCACGAUUUUCCAGUAGCGAGUUUUGGUUCUGUUUCUCCAGUAGCGGCCGGUGAAGAUCAUCACAAGGAACGUGCCGAUGCAGAAGAAGCAGAUGAAUGCCGAGGCAAUAAAGCAGUUCUGAACGCCGACAUUGGUGUAGAAGGGGGUGAUUCCGUAGUCCAUUGCAAAAUUCAUGGUGUUUCUAAUCAAAAUAGCCACGGUAAUUGCGGGGGCGCUCAUGUGCUCGUACGAGUCCAAAAUGUACGUCACUGCAGAGACACAGCCGAUGGUGCAGAGACCGGCCAUGAGGCCGAGUCCAAACACGACGCCAAACCAGUGCACGCCCUUGGCUGCUCCCACUCCCCAUAAAAUCAGAGCCAUUGGACCCAGAAUCAUGUAGACUGGCAGGACCCAGAAUCGGUCCUCGGCCUCCGAAAGACCCUUGUGGCGUUUGGCAAUCUUGAUUUUUACCCAGUCGGUGGACCAGCCGGCAAAUGGAUAAAUCACGAGACAGAAAAUCACUGGAGACAGAUAUGCAAGUCCGCACAUGGAGGACGAGAAAUUGUACGGCUCGCUGCUCAGAACCAGAGCCUCAGUGCCGUUAAGCACAGAGUACCAAAACAGUGAGGAGCCGUACAGAAAGCCGGCAUAGAGAACUCCAGGAAACUGUGCCAUCAGAGCAAUGGCCUUGAACUCGUCCAGCAGACGGUUUUCUUUGCGAAUUCCGCUGGUUAGAGACAGUUUCUGCCAGAAGGUCUUUGGCGGUGGAUACGUAAUUUCCUCGUCGAUGAGCGCAGCCUGGUUGCCGAGCUCGUUGCUUGUGACCACUAGCAUAGUGUCUGGGUUUUUCUCGUCGGUCUUCUGCUCGCCACGGCUCGUGAUGGCGGCAACAAUGUUUCCCUCGUCGUCCUUUCUCACUCUCAAUCUUCUGGUGUAGUUGGUCUCCUCCAUGAAAAAUAGCAAGAAGAACCAGCACACAGCGCCGAAGAUGCAGGCGAUCCAGAUCGCCCAUUUCCAUCCCAGUCCGUCUCUCACAAACCCAGAAAGCAUAGGGGCCAUGUAAUUGGAGCCAAAGAGCGCAACGCUGUAAACACCCAUGUACGUUGCUCUUUCGUGUUCGAAAAACAAGUCGCCAACAGUGAUUUCCGGCAACGACUCGACGGGAGCAAAGAAAAACCCAUUCAGAAUGCGCGAGGCAAUCCACUCACCAUUUGAGUGCGUGUAUGGCUGCCACAGGUUGAACAUGAUGUUUCCGAGCAGCGAUAUGAGAUAUAUCGGUCUUUUUCCGUAUUAUUGUGCCAGAGGCAUCAUCAGUAGGUUGCCAAUCCCCAGGAACAAAAACAUGUAUCCAGUGCCCUCGUUGAGCUGUCCAACUGUCACGUGGACGUCUGGAUCCUCAGCAAUAUCCGUCAAAAUCGAGUAUAUGCAGCAGCCAGGAACACUUCCACCGAAAAUGUACACGACAGUACAGAAGAUGGCGAGCCACUUGCGGCCCCGAGACCAGUUUAGCGGGUCGUUAGGGUCAUCUGACGGAGUGGGGAUCAGCACAAUGCCCGACUCCGUCUCAAUAGUCUCCUUGGUGCGGUCGAGGUCCACUAGAUGGGAAGUACCGGGAAUAGCAGAGAAAUCAAUUUCGGUGUGCAUCGUAAAGCUGGUUCAACAAUUUGCGGGACUGGA